ACACGUGGUCGUUGAGUGUCACGUGGACAUGAGUUGUCAAACGUCUGUUUCUUUUAACUGUUCAUAUUUAGCAUCUUUAGGUUAUGUGUGUUUUUAAAACAAAUUUAUAUUGAUUCAUCAAGCACAAAUGACUUCUCAGACAUUUGAUUCGUUGCAGACUGUGGAAGAAAAUCCAAAUCCCGUGUAUGACAAAACUACAGUGGUUCUGUUAAAAAUUGUUGAAAAUAUAAUUCGAGAUCCGCAAAAUCCAAAAUUCAGAACUUUACGUUUGGAUAAUGCUGUAGUGAAAGAUAAACUUAUUCCCGUAAUUGGAGCUAUGGAGUGUCUUUUUGAACUCGGCUUUGAGGAGGGAGAAGAGUGCCUAUCGCUGCCUGACGCCGUCCCCCUGGAUAGACUGCGGAAGUUCCACGCAGCGUUGUCUGCACGCAGGGCGGAGCACCUCCGACCGCCGGCCGCCGCUCCCCAGUCGCCUGUGCAGCAACCCCACCAGCUACCACCUGACCAGGCAGACCAGGGCAGCAUCCAUGCUCGGCAGGCGGGGCUGCUGGCACAGAUGCAGCGACACGCGGCGCUCGUGCUGCAGUACGAGGACCCAGAGCUGCAGCACCGUGCUCUGUCCCUGGUGCCGCUGGCGCGGCUGGCGGGGGCCGCGGAGGAGCGCAUGGCGGCCGUGCGACGCGCCGUCAAGGCGGGUCGAGCGCCGGCCGGCCAGGAGCCGGACGCCCGCGACCUCCUGCUGCUGGAGCUGCUGCACUGGUUCAAGGGCUCCUUCUUCUCCUGGGUGGACGCCCCUGCCUGCGACACCUGCCGGGGUCCCACCACCUCGCACGAGCAGGUCCUGGAGGCGGGCAUCCGCGUCGAGGUGUACAAGUGCGCGACAUGCCGCGACCCCACGUUGUUCCCUCGCUACAACGACCCUGGCAAGCUGCUGGAGACUCGUCGCGGCCGCUGUGGCGAGUGGGCCAACUGCUUCACCCUGCUGUGCCGGACCCUGGGCUGGGACGCCCGCUUCGUCCUCGACCUCACCGACCACGUCUGGACCGAGGUGUACUCGACGGGGCAAGGGCGCUGGCUGCACUGCGACCCCUGCGAGGACGUGUGCGACCAGCCGCUGAUGUACGAGGCCGGCUGGGGCAAGCGCCUCAGCUACGUGCUGGCCUUCUCCCGGGACGACGUGCAGGACGUGACCUGGCGCUACACCUCCCAGUGGCGGGACGUGAUGCGCAGGCGCACCCAGUGCUCCGAGGAGGAGCUGCUCCAGGCCGUGCUGUCGCUGCGCGCACGGCGCCAGGCGGGGCUGUCGCCGGCCCGCCGCGCCUUCCUGCAGCGCCGCCUCGUCGCCGAGCUGGUCGAGUUCCUCUCCCCCGCCGCCGCUCCCUCUCCGGCCGAGCUGCAGGGACGCACAUCCGGCUCCUUGGCGUGGCGCCUGGCGCGCAGAGAGGUCCAGGAGGCUGCGGCACACACCUGGGUGGCCGGGCCAGAGCACCUUGCCGCGCUCCGGCUGAAGGUCGGCUACUGCACUGCCGGGGACCGCUACGAGGCCGGCCCACGUGGCGACGUGCCCGGCUGGCAGAGCGGGGCGUUCAGCGUGCAGAACGUCUUCCGCAAGGUGGAGCACGACUGGGGCUUCAUCUACCUGGCCCGCACGGAAGGGAGCGAGGAGGGCCGCGUGCAGUGGAGGUUUGACGUGAGCGACAGCGGCCUGGUGGUGGACACUGUCGCGGUGCACUACUCCUCCUUCACCAAGGGCUCCGGCCAGGUGCAGUGGCAGCUGAGCUCGGGCGAUGUGUGCCUGCCCCUCCCUGCAGAUGUUGGCAGGACAUUCACCAGUGACCUUAGAGGCUGCAAAACAGUAACACUAUCUGCUCUACUGUCAGGGGGCGAGGGCAGUGAAGCGUGGCAACACGCACAGAUACUCAGGCAGGCGAAAGACAGCUCAGAGUGCCCACUGAUAGUAGACAUAGUGCUCAGGCAACCAUGACAGUGCAUAUUCAGUGUUCAGGGAUGAAAGUCUUCGUGUAUAUGUGAUACUGAUGUAAAUACAAUCAGAGUUAAUGGAAUUGUAUGUAUAGUACAUAUUGUUAAUCCUGAGUUUUAAUUGUAAUCACAAAAAAAAAAAAGAAAAAUGUUUGUUUAUUGGAUAUAUACCAAUUUUUGGCAGUAAUAAAUUUAAUUUUCACAAUUUAUAAAUGGUUAUAAUCACACAAAGACAAAAAAACAAUUGGACAUAAGACAAAUGAAAACAUAACAGGCAACCUCUUUCUCUUUCAUUCAUUUUUGAUCCUUCAUAUCUUCAUACGCCACUUUCAUAAGCUUGUACAGCAAGCAGUCAAUCACGUUCUGUAUUUCUUUGGACUCCAUUACUUGCUUCAAGUCGUAUUUCAUGAUUGCGUUGGCCAGUUCUUCGCUCACCUUCGUGAUGCAUAGAUCUGAAACAAGUCACGAGUGGUGGCACUGUCGGCGCAAUGCAAGGUGACACUCGGCGCGGGGAAUGCUGGAACUUGUGAGUUUCUAGGUGUGGCGUGCGUGCUUUCGAAAACGCUGCCACAUAAUCGUGCAGUUUUCAUGUUUUGUGUGUGACCUAUCACCUGAGUGAUAAAGUAAUGCCACACUAUGUUCAGUUGUUGGCUGUAGUAAUGUGCAUAAUUGUUGGCCAACAUCAAUAUUCCUUUCAUCAUGUAACAAAACCUUACUCAAAAACCCAGGAGAGAUUGUUGAUUCGUAUUUUUAUAAAUUUUUAUAUUUUUUGAUAGUGCAUUAUGUCAAAUUUACUAAAAAUUGUAUUCUGGGAGUGUUGGGUAAGUCUCGAAUAGGUACACAUAGAUGGUGUACUCAAAAAAGUUGUGUUAGUUAUUUGUUGUGAGGUGUGACCUAAAUUUAUAAAAUAUAUAUUUUUUAAUAAAUUAUAGUUAACUUAAUA